AUGACACGUUUCCGAGGGAAGCUCCGGGCCUCUGCACACCACCCUGCCUCGGUGCCAGCCACCAGGCACAACAGCUGCGCCUGUAGACUUCGGGCAGUGCUGCUGCCACUCGCGUUCCGUCUCCUAGCCGGGCGAGCGACACAGGCUGCGGCCAUGGGGGCUCCAUCCUGCUGGCGAUUCAUCGCUCUCCGCCCGGCGCUCUGUUCCCCCAUCUUUCUGUCCGAUCUGCACAGGAUGGUGUCCAGGACCCUGAGGCUGGCCCUGCUGGCUUUGGCCUGCACUGUGGACCUGAGCCGGGCCAGUGCCUUCACAGAAAACGGCCUCUCGCUGCUGAGCUACCAGCUGUGUAGCCACCCUGCCACACGAAGGGUCCAGAAGCUACAGGAGGUGCAGACCUCCCACACGGCCUAUGUGCACUGCGGAGGAUGGAUCCCGUGGAGGAAGUGCCCCAGGACCGUGUACCGGACCCAGUACCUGGCUGUAGAGGUCUCCGAGGCCAGGAACGUGACAGACUGCUGCGAGGGCUACGAGCAGCUUGGCCUCUACUGCGUCCUGCCCCUGAACCGGUCCUCAGAGUUUGCAUCGAGACCCGGGGUCUGCCCGACAGCUGAGCCAGAGCUGUCCAGCCCAGCGUGCAGCUUGGACACCGACUGCCCUGGACUUCAGAAGUGCUGCUCCUGGCCAGGGGGCCGCCGCUGUGUGGCCCCCGUCCCUGCAGGUGCAGAGAGGAGCCUGGUGAGCUGGUACAAUCUGACUGUGCUGGUGAAGAUGGGCUUCGAGGACCUGCAGCGAGAGGACCCUGGGCUCCGCAACCACACGCGCCUGCUCUACUCUUUGGUCACCAGCGCCUUGCAGCCUCUGAACCCAGCUGUCCACUACCUGAACUCAACUGGCGGCGGGGACACAUUCACCACGGCAUCAUGGCUGCUGCUGGGCCUUCCUCAGCCCAUGGCUGUGGCCAACGUCUCGGCCAUGUUGGAUGACAUGGUGAAUCGAGUGUAUGAAGUGAUCAGCAUCCAGCUGCAAGACGUGAAUGAGUGUUUGUAUGGUGGACUCCAUGCCUGCUCUGGAGGACAGCAGUGUCUGAACGUGGAGGGCUCCUAUCAAUGUGUCUCUACCGAGCAGAAGAACCACAUGGAUGAAGACUGCCCUCCCAUCCAGGACUUUAUGGCCCUUCAUGUCACCAGCAGCAGUUUCCGUGUGUCCUGGAGUCUGAACUCCACCCAGAACCACACUUUUCACGUCCAAGUAUACAAAGGCAAAGAAAUACUCAAAAGCACUUGGGCAAGGAGCCGGAUUCUGGCUGUGUCUGGGUUGGAGGCUGGAGUCCUUUAUGGAGUGAGGACCAGCUACCAGGGGUGCGGGACCAACGUCUCUGCCUCCCUGAUUGUCAAGACAGAUGCUCAGGUUUUCCAACUCACCAUACGGGUCACGAACCUUAACCUGACGGAGCAGCUUCUCGACUGCAGCAGUGUGGGAUUCUGGAACUUUUCUCGACAGCUGUUCCGUGAGGUGGAAAGCUCCUUCCCCCAAGCCAUCGCCGACAUGUACAGACGAGGGAAGCUGAGGAUGCAGAUCGUGUCCCUGGAGGCGGGGAGCCUGGUGGUGACACUCAGGCUCACUCUGCAGGACCCUGAGUUUCCGGUGGGCGUCUCCAGCCUGAGGCCCAUGCUGCAGCCUCUGUCUGCAAGCGCCGUGUUCCAGGUUGACCAGCAGGGGACGCUAGUGCAAGAUUGGGAUGAGUGUGCGCACAGCUCAGAGCACGACUGUCACCCAGCCGCGCGCUGCAUCAACCUGGAGGGCUCCUACACGUGCCAGUGCCUCACAGCCAGGGAUGCCAACCCCUCCAGAGCUGGCCGGGUCUGCGAGGGUGACAUGGUGACCCCCACAGGAGGUGGACUGUCUGUAACAGCAAAGGCCACAGCCCCCGCUGUCAGCAUGGAAAUAACAGCCUUUGGCCCGGAGACCCUCACCUCGACACCAAGUCCCGAGCAGCCAAGGAGCACCCCAGCAAGAGGCCAAGCCCAGACCCCAGGGCCUCCAUCUAAAAGAGAUGGCGGUAGCACAGUUGGGCAGGAGAAGAAUAGCACAGGGCAAGGUGUGGAAGUGCCCAGCAUGGCCCUGAGCCUGGACAGGAGCCAUGGAAGUACCAGCGGGGUGAUCAGCUCCUCUUCCGAGUCUCCAGAGCCAAUCCAUGGCUCCCCUCGGGGGUCCACAGACAUCUCGCUGCGCCUCAUUGGAGAGUCUCAGGAAUACCUCCUCACGGACCCACCUUUCAUGACCUCCUCACCCACGGGCUAUGUUGAUGUGUGGCAUCCCAGUCUCGAUUGGGAGAUACCUCUGAACUCCACCAGACUACAGAAUGCAGACCCUUGGCCUUCCUCCUUCCCCGGCCUGCCGUCGGCCCCAACCCCUGAGGCUCCAGAGCCCCCCACCUGUGUUCCUGGAUCCAUCAGAAAGGUCACCGUCUCCAACGUGACCAGCACCAGCUUCUCCCUGGAGUGGCCAGCGGACAUCAGCCUUUCCCCUACCUUCUACCUCACUUUGGUCUCCCCUCGGGGCCCCGCCGUGACUAUGGAGACCCGGGACAAUAACGUGACAUGGUCAGGGUUGGAGCCCGGAGCCUUGUACCUGGUAGAGAUUGUGGCUAAGGAGUGUGGGAAAGAAGGCGCCAGAACACAGGUCAAAGUGCGGACAGUGGCCCAGAAGCUCGCCGGGGAGGUCCGGAUAGUGAACAUCCAGUACUCGGAAUCCUUCCGCAACGCCAGCAGCGGGGAACAUCGAGAUUUCCUGCAGUUGUUCUUCAGAACGUUGCGGGAGUCUUUACCAUCCACGCUGUGCCAGCACAUGGACACGGGCCGGAUCCGUGUGGACAUCACCAACAUCACGAACGGCAGCGUCGUGGUGGAGUUCAGUUUGCUAGUCAUGGCCGACCUGAAUGUCACGGAGGUGUCUGCUGCCUUCCUUGCUGCCCUACAGAACACAUCGCUGCUGGAGGUGGACAGAGGCAAAACCUUUAUCCGAGAUUACAACGAGUGUGAAAUGAGGGAGGACGACUGUGCACCCGGGGCGUGCAGAAACACCUUUGGGUCUUUCACAUGCACCUGCGAUGGGGUAAGACCUGACUGGCGUGUGGAAUAUUCUGGAAGAUCGUGCGACGGUGGCUCUCCUGGCAGCACCGUCCAGACCUCAGGCCUAGAGUGGCCCCCGAGCCCCGCAGGAACUAGGGGUACUGACGUGCCGGAUGCCAGCUCCGUGCCCCAGGCGCUGCCCCUGCGGCUGAACCUGACAGACGCGGUGGGAGUGUCCUGUGAGAUCGAGACGGUGGGCAUCGCCAUCCAGAAGCGCUUUCUGCAGCAGGAGGCCAUACCCGAGGCCUCCCUGUACCUGGGCGAGCCCUCCUGCAACGUGAGCGAGAGCAACGGCACGCACGUGUUCCUCACGGCCGGCUGGGCCGAGUGCGGGACCCUCGUGGAGAGCAACAUGACCAGCACCGUGGUGAAGACCACACUGAGGAACGACGUGUCCCCAGACGGCAUCAUCCACCACCUGCAGAUCCUCAGCCCCAUCCACUGUGUGUUCCGCAAUGACCUCCUGACCUCCUCGGGCUACACCCCGCAGUGGGGGGUCUACACCGUCAUUGAAGACCUCCACGGUACCGGGAAUUUUGUCACCGAAAUGCAGUUGUUCAUCGGAGAGUCUCCCAUACCGCAGAAUUAUUCCGUGUCCGCCAGUGAUGAGGUCAAGAUCCAAGUGGGGCUUCACCGGCAGAAGAGCAGUCUUAAGGUGGUGCUGACCGAGUGCUGGGCCACGCCCUCCAGCGACGCCAGGGACCCCAUCACCUUUGGCUUCAUCAACAACAGCUGCCCUGUCCCCAACACCUACACCAGUGUGAUCCAGAAUGGCAACUCCAGCAAGGCCCAGUUCAAGCUGAGGAUCUUCUCCUUCGUCAACAAUUCCAUCGUCUACCUGCACUGCAAGCUCAGAGUGUGCGUGGAGAACCCCAGGAACUCGUGCAAGAUAAGCUGCAACGACUUCCGGUUGCUGAGAAGGAGAGAAGCCGAGCACCAGAUGUCCUGGGGGCCCCUUCUUCGUUCUCAAGCUGCACGUCCAGAGCCAGGCCUGGGGACUGGUUACAUCAUUCUUAUCUCAGUGGCUGCCUUUACUGUGGUGGCCGUGGCUGCGACCCUCCUGAUCUUGCGCUACCAGAGAGCAAGGGGAAAAUACAAUCUCAGAAUCCAGUCUGAUGACUUCAGCUACCAGGUCUUCUCUCAGUAGGAGGCCCAGCUGACCAGGAGACGGGGCGGCACACUGAGGGCCAGUGGUUAAUUCAUCAAACGUUGACAGGAGUCCACUCUGAGCAGUGCCGUGUCAGCGCUUGGGGACGAGCCCCCACGAUGACAGCGACCUCUGUUGUCCCCAGGAGGCUGAAGGCACAGAACGCCACUCAACCAGGCCGGUGACGGGUGACGGGCCUGCUGAAGCUGUGGGCAGCGUGAUGGAGUGGCCUUCCACCCUCAAACCCAGCACAAGCACCGCCCCUCCAUCGCCCAAGCUCCGUUCAAACUGCCCCUGUGACCCUUGCUCCCUUGCACGUCACACUUUCACAGACUGGAUCCUUCUGAUAAGCAUGCUCGCCCGGCUCUCCUCAUCCGCACUCGGCUUUCACUUAGGCCACAGUCAUGUGAUGUGCACCCACCGCUCACUCUCCCGUGUUUCCCAGCGUGCCCAUGACCGCUUUCCACAUAGUCCCUCGGAGAGGAAGGUGUGAUUUUUCCCGAAGGAAGGGGUGGGGAAGGUAUGUACCAGGCCAUCAGUUCCUCGCUUUGUCAAUUUGGAAGACCAGAACUGGUCACGUAGUAGUUACCACCUGAGGUGAUCGCGUUUUCCCUGAUGGGUUUAGGAUCGCCACGGGGUCUUAGCUUUUAAUUAACUGGCAUGCUCGGUUCUGUUGAGUGUGAUUGUCACUCACACAGAACAUUCGGGGGCGUCUCUUGAUUUAUUGUAUACUCUUGGGGUAGGAAUGCCCGCCAGGAAUCUGUGUGGCUCACUGACUUCCAGCAAUAAAUCUCUCCUGGCACUCAA